UUCAUGUGUGUAUGUGAAUGUACUUGCCACCUGCUUUCGUUCAUGCAUGCCCAUUGUCGAGGGAAGUAGGGGUGCUGAAAAAUCAGAUAAUUUUUUCACAAAAGUACCGUUAUACCCCCCAGUUUGCUGAUUAAAUUAAAUUGUUGACACUAAUUGAACAACUGACCAGUUCACCGCACGUGUCCUCCAGAACCCGUUUUUCGCGCGCAAUUUUCGAGGUGGCCAGACAGUUCUGACGAAAACUUUUAUGACACAGUGCAACUGAAUAAUAUAAUUUUUGGGGAAAAUGUCCCAGCUCUUCUUUGGAAAGCCAGCCCCUACCUUUCAGUCUACACCAAAACCUGGUCAUCAUCAUCCCUCAUCACCCAAGGACCCUGAACAAGGACAUGGGCCAGACCAGGACAUCCCUGAUGAGACAUUUUUGUUUGUGACACUGGACGAAAGCCAUGGACAGCAAAGUGAGGACUCCGGCAUCGACAUUUCAAACAUCUCCAAUAGACGUGACGUACACAACAGUACUUCCAGUGAGAUCCCAGGUGAGGAGACUACGACUGUUCUCAGGUCAACGAUAGAGGAGAUAGGGAAGAAGGCCCAGGAUCUGAUAGAGAGAAUAAACCAGAGCCGAGCCAUGGACCUGGAAAUCAUGACCACCUUUGAGAACAAGUUAAUGAAUAAGGUGAGAGAGGUGUGCCAGCAGGUGAAGGAGCAGAUGUACAGCAGCUAUGAGGAGCAUGGCCGUUGGAUGGAGGCCAAUCUGCAGGAGCUGUCUGAGGUGCUGGAGAGGAGCAGUCAGCUCAGUAUAGAGCUACAGGGAGCAAGUCAGACCUUAUCAGCCAUCAACAACAGCCUGCAGCAGACAGCUGAGAACUGACAUCUACCCAGCCAUUCAUUUAUUUUAACUGCCUUACAGCAUCCCGACUUCUGGGAGGUCUAGAAUAAUUAAAGCAAUGCCUUGUGUUUGUUUGACUGUGGUAUAUGUCUAAUAGGACAUAAAACAGUGGUUGUAAACUCAGGUGUUGGAAGAAGCUUUUGUUAAUUCAAUUAUUUAUUAUAUAACUAGUGUGGAUAUUUUUGUUCAUACCUAUGACCAAAUAGCAUUAUAGAACAUAUUUCAUGGGCCAGAAUAUACGCUUGUGCCCAGUUUAGAAUCCAAAACAUUCACCUUAAUGCCUAUGGGUCAGUCCACCAAUUAAGUGCCU